AUGUGUGGCACCGUCACCUCUGCCGCCUUCGAGGCGGAGCUCCGCAUCCGGAGGCCUGACAAGGCUUCUGUCGCCGACGUCGAGACAAAGGAUGCUGUGCCGGAGCACGAGGUCGAGUCCGAGAUCCCCAUCGCUCCUCCUCCGCGGCUCGCCCGCCCCCAAGUACAAGCGCGUGCCGAUCCAGAAGGUGCUCCUCAUGGACGAAGAACUGAAGCAGAGGGCCUGACCGGCGUGGCUCGAUUGCAUGCUGGUAUACAAGAAUCACAUCGCGCUAUCCCCCGCCUAUCCACGGAUGCAUGA